CGCAACUUAUCCCGUAGGUACUUAUUGAGGGACGAUGCCUCCCGCUUCAUCCUUCCUUACCUCGUACAAGGCAACAUCUUCCAGGGCACCUCAAGUACCAAGUUCGUAGCAGGAGGAGCUGCCUGCCUUUCGCUCAACGCACCCGGCCUCAAAACACCCUCGUCCAUCCAUCCAUCCCCCAGCAGCUUGCGUUCGUGUCAAGAUGACAGUCCAAGCUGCCCACUUCACCCCCGAGGUGCUCCUCUCGGCCCCUCGACGGUCCGCCGGCGUCCCCAACUCGACCGGAGAGCUGGCGCUCUACACGGUGUCGGCCUACUCGUUUGAGACGCACUCCAAGUCGUCGUCAAUCCGCGUCCUCAACAUCAAGGACGGUAGCUCCCACCUGGUCUCCGAGGACCCUGGCGCCAGCGACCCCAUCUGGAUUGGCGAGAAGGAGGUCUUGUAUCUCAAGCCUGCCGAGAAUGGCUGCACCAUGAUCAUGUCCCAGCACCUAGGCGACAAGUCUGAACCGCACAUGAUACACUACCUCGCCGGCAGCAUCUCCAGCCCCAAAGCCAAGCAGCUGCCCUCGGGCAAGGUCGCCAUCUGCUGUGCCGCCUUGACCACGCCCAAGGGCGAUAUGUACUGGCCGCCGGCCGAGGCCAAGUCCCACUCUACGGCCAAGAUUUACACGUCUCUCUUCGUCCGCCAUUGGGAUGCCUGGUCGACGGACAACCAAAACUCCCUCUGGUACGGCGAGCUUGCUAAGAUUGACGGCAAAUGGUCUUUGGAGACCCCCGGCUUCACCAAUCUGCUGGCGGGCACCGGUCUGAGUUCCCCGGUCCCUCCCUUUGGCGGCACCGGAGAUUUCGACAUCGCCGCUCACGGCAUCUGCUUUGUCGCCAAGGAUCCCGAGCUGAACCCGGCGAGGUAUACCAAGACGGAUCUGUACUAUGUGCCCAUCAAAUCGUUUGUCGAGAAGCCUUCGCCGCCCCAGAUUGUCAAAACAGGCAGGUUACGGGGUUACAGCAUCGCACCGACCUUUUCGAGGGAUGGCAAACAGAUCGCCUUUGCUAGAAUGAAGCACGACCAGUACGAAGCCGACAAGACGAGACUGCUGCUGAUACCCGACGUCAAUGACCUGAGCAACGUGCAAGAGUUCUAUGAGACAGACGAUGGCCAAGGAGGAUGGGAUUUGAAGCCGGAUUGGAUUACGUGGAGCAAUGAUGGCAAGGAGCUAUAUGUCGCAGCGGAGAUGCAUGGCAGGGUCAAGCUGUGGAAGCUUCCCUCAUCACCUAAGGAAGCGACUAAGACACCAGUUGCCAUACACGAAGACGGCUCUGUUUCUGAGGCCAGACUACUGGGGAACGGCCCGUCUCUGCUCGUCUCUACGCGGUCUCGCGUCGAGAGCUCCAGCUACGCCAUUCUAGAUCCCUCGACCAAGAAGACCACCGAGGUUUCGUCCAGCUCCAAGAACGGCAAGUCAUUUGGCCUCCACAAGUCGCAGUGCGACGAGAUUUGGUAUCCCGGCUCCGCUGGAUACGACAACCACGCUCUUAUAACGAAGCCGUCCAAAUUUGACCCUUCAAAGAAGUACCCUCUCGCUUUCCUGAUCCACGGCGGGCCCCAGUCCGCAUGGGUUGACGACUGGAGCACCCGUUGGAACCCAGCCAUCUUCGCAGAACAAGGGUACGUGGCUGUGUCGCCCAAUCCAACAGGAAGCACCGGCUACGGCCAAAAGCAUACCGAUGCCAUCACGUGCAAUUGGGGUGGCAACCCCUACGACGACCUUGUAAAGUGCUUCGAGUAUCUGGAGAAGGAGGUCGGCUACAUUGACACUUCGCGGGCUGUUGCUCUCGGCGCGUCCUAUGGAGGAUACAUGAUAAACUGGGUCCAAGGCCAUGACUUGGGACGCAAGUUCAAGGCCCUCGUGUGCCAUGAUGGUGUGUUCUCAACACAGAACCAAUGGUCCACCGAGGAGCUCUUCUUCCCGGAACACGACUUUGGUGGCACCCUUUGGGAGAGCCGAGAUAUCUACACGAAAUGGGACCCCUCGCUGCACACCCAGAAUUGGGCGACGCCCCAGCUGGUCAUCCAUAACGAACUGGACUACCGCUUGCCAGUGUCUGAAGGCCUGGCCAUGUUCAACGUGUUGCAGGCCCGCAACGUUCCCAGCAAGCUAGUCAUGUUCCCCGACGAGAACCAUUGGGUGCUGAGGCCGGAAAACUCGCUGGUCUGGCAUCGUGAGGUGAUUGAAUGGAUUAACAAGUACAGCGGCAUAAGGGACGAGAAAACGACAUGAACGAGAACGUUGCAAUUCACGGUUGGAUAGCCCAAGGCAGGCAUAGCUGGACAUGUAAACGCGGGCUGCUUGCCGUUAUGAGAGGCUACCUCACCCAAAUUGUAAGGGUGGUAGAGCGACCAGCGUCGAUGGUGGAUGAAUUAACUCACGAUACACAAUCAGUGAUCGGUCACGUUGCAUAGUACUCAUAUGUUUUGCAGGACUGAAGGCCCAGCGAC